UGAAACAAUUAAAAAAUAUUUUAUAAUAAGAUGCCCGACAAGACUUUACGAAGUCGAUAUGGACCAAGAGAGGAGUUUUUCAGUGAAGAAAUGUCUUCUAUCGGCAUGUCCAUGCGACCUAGCGGUAGUGCAUCCUCAGGUAUUUCGAGCCUGGUGAGUUGCGGGGAGGUCGAGGCGCUGCCGGAGCUCCCGCCCCAGGACAAGGAGCGACUCCAGCGGGCGGCGCGACUCCUGCAGCAGCGGCUCGUCCUGCGCCAAUGGCUCACCGACCACGACCUCCACAAUUAUUACCAGAGAUUGAUGCAAAUGGAGGUAGUGUCACUGGAAGACGUCUACUGGGUCGAGGACAACUUGGUGAGGACAGCCCUCGGCGAGGAUCUACCACGAUGGGUCCUGGCGAGGCAAACGCUACCUACCUCCAAGGAGGAUCUGGAUGUGCUUAAGGCCGAGCUCUGGAGUAGCGUCGUGAAGAAUAGUCAGCAUGAAGAUGCCUGGACUUGGGGCGGAAUGCUGGUGGUCUUCGUAUCAGUCGCGGGGCUCGUCACUCUCGCGACUAGGACACAAACUGUCCUCGCAUCCAAGUCCAAAUACUCGCUCCUCCAGUACGUCACGGGGGCAUACGUUUGGCCCAAGAACUGCCUAGUGCACUUUGAAUGGGAAGAGCCGCAGCUCGUCGGCGAGACCGUGACUUUCAUCGUUAAGUUUUAUCGAAGAAAUGGACAGCCGUAUCCCAUAUGUGACAAAGACAAGCUGAUUGUGGAAGUAUCGAAAGGGACACGUACAGUGGCAACUCUGAUAGAGUUAAGUGGAAUGAAUUCCCUAGCAGCCAACACAGCGAUGGUCAAGUUCACAGUUCGACAUGCCGGACAAUAUACAAUUGCUGUGCUUAUUGGAUCCUGUCACGUUCGCGGAAGUCCGUUUUUAAAGAAUUUCCUUCCCGGAUCUCCGGAUUCAAAUAAAACGGUCUUUGUACGGCACAGUCCUAUCGUCGUAUGUACAGCGGGAGUAGCACAUUCGAUGACGAUCGAGCCCCGCGAUGAAUAUGACAAUCCCUGCGUUUUCGGGAUCAAUGACGAGCCCGUACACGGCUACGAUGUAAAUAUAACUCGGAUUGGUAGCUCAACCCCCGAUUCUGCUUCAGAAUUAUGUAUCAUUCAUUUAGAACACGAUCCUAGUAAUGAUCGGAUCCAGUUAAAAGUUAAUUUCCUAAAGGACGGCUGGUACCACGUGACUAUAAGUCUGUUUGGAUCGCAACUUCACAAUGGAGAUUUCGAUAUUAUUGUAUUAGAAAGUGCUGUUGGCAAAGCUGUGCAUGACAACGUCGCCUCAAAAUAUCCCGACAUAUGCUAUACAGCCAAGCUCUUGACUAUUCAAGGUAAAAGGUUCUCCAAACCUAAAAAUGUAUUCUGCUACAUCUCACCAAAGCAAUUAAUAAUUAAUGAAUAUUUAUUGGGAUUCAUUCCAAGGAGACUGGUAACGUUCAAACUUUGUCCAUCAACGAAGUUUCAUUUCAAUAAUCGCGAUGAUAACAGAUACGAAGGCUACGAGACUUUUACGAUCGACGACGGAUGCCAGCUACCCGUUGAAUUGAUCUCGCACCAUCGUGACACCAUAGCUGCGACUUUCACAUUAUUUCUUUUAAAAAACAUUGGCGGUAGCGAAACGUUUGCCAAUAAACAGAAUUUCUUUUAUCACGAAGUUCGAAAACACAAUCAGAAGUACUAUCGUCACAAAGUAAAUUUAUAUGUUCAACGCGACAAGCUGCUGGAAUCGUCCAUGAUAUGUACGAAAGGGCUUUUCACGAACGGCUGGUUCCAAGAUUUUAAAAUAACGUUUCUUGGUGAGCCAGCUAUCGAUGGCGGUGGAGUUCGCAGGGAAUGGUUCGAGCUGAUUUGCGCUGCUUUAUUUGACCCUGGCAAUGGGCUCUUUGAAUCAUUUGGCGAGUCUCGGCAAGCUUUGGUGCAUCCAAAUAGUAAGCGACCGGUGCACUUGACGCUGAAGCAUUUCGAGUUUGCGGGGCGAAUAGUCGGGAAAUGCUUGUACGAAUCGGCCCUCGGGGACGCUUAUCGACAGCUUGUUCGUGCUCGAUUUACACGAUCCUUUCUAGCCCAAAUAAUCGGCUUGAGGGUGCAUUACAAAUACUUUGAACAGGAUGAUCCUGAAUUAUACUUGAGCAAAAUUAAAUAUAUCCUCGAAAAUGACAUCGACGAAUUGGAAUUGUACUUUGUCGAAGACGAAUACGAUAACGAUGGACAACUGAUAAAACAGGCAGAGUUGAUUCCCGGCGGCAGUAAAAUUCGCGUUACAAAUGAUCUGAAGGUCCGUUAUUUAGAUGCCUUGGCACAAUAUAGACUAGCUAAUUCCAUUGUCGAUGAAGUCCAUUCCUUUUUAAAGGGAUUAAAUGAAUUUAUUCCGGAUAAUAUCCUUGCAAUAUUCGACGAAAACGAAUUAGAGUUGCUCCUCUGCGGAACGGGAGAAUAUAUCGUAGCGGAUCUACGGUCUCAUCAUUUAGCCCACGGCACGUCUUCCGAGUUUCUCAAAGUCCUCGAUUGGUUCUGGACAGCAGUGAGCAAUUUCACUCAAGAAGAAAUGGCGCGACUUGUUCAAUUUACCACUGGCUGCUCGCAACUUCCACAUGGAGGCUUUCAACAGCUCAGGCCAAGAUUCCAAAUCAUUGCUGUGCCAAGUUUUGGAAAGCUCCCGACGGCGCACACAUGCAUCAAUCAACUCUGCUUGCCCGACUACGAGUGUUACGAUCACUUUGAAAAGGCACUCCUUUUGGCAAUCAGAGAAGGGGUGGAAGGAUUUAGUUUCAAAUAA